AUAAGUAAAAUACCCAAAUAUCAGUUUUAGGCUAUUCUAUUUCUGUACGUUAAGUUUUAACAGUAUGCAACUUUUGUUAUAGUGAAAUGUGGAUAAAUCAGAAAACUACGCAGUAACGUUAUUAUAUUUGCAAGUAUAUUAGCUAACCAGCUACAGUAGCUUGCUAACCCAUAGCUAACCUACGCUUUUUAACAGAUCAAUUACCCAGUCAUCAUUUUAGUUAGCAAUAGAGGGAAGUUAUAUUUUUCCACAUUCCACUCUGUGACUGGUCAACAGAAACGUCAUGUUAUUCUCAGCCUUUUUUUCGGCCGCUAGUGUUGUACAUCUUGCAUUUACGAUUCAUUUGAUGUAGAUUUGACAAUUUAGUGUGGCAUUCUGAUUCUGUGUUACUGAAUUCAUGUUUUGAAUCUAUGUUUUUUCGCAGACUAAGGAGGCUACAGAAAAGUAAUUGGUCACAUAUAGUGCCGUUUCAGAUUAUAUAUCAGCCAGCAUAGCCCACAAUAUUUGAUUACCAUGUAGUAAUAACUUUAGAACAAAUUCACCUUUUUUUAUGACGCUGAUUUUGUCUGACAUAAACGCGUUGCCACCCACAAAGUGUCCCCACCCACAAAGAUUCUCAGCUUGCAUAUAUCUGUGCGCUCCUAGAGUGAUCUCUAAUCUACCAACCAACCUUUCGGCGACAGCAUGCGGUGCCUUCAUCUUCACUGGAUUUCAACAUGGAAUUUGCUCACAGUUGUUUUGAGUCUCUCAUCACCAGAUAUCAGUAUUACCAGUGACGUUCUGGAAUCAGGGGGACCCCACGAGACUGUUUCCGCCAUUCUGGUUUCAAGAUCAUCUCAGAUAAAUGUUACUUGUGGUCCUGAGGAACCUGUUGAUGCCUAUGAGAGUCAUGAGAGCAACCCAUCCGUUUUACACGAUCUGAAGCUAGAGGUCACCUCCACUGAUGAGGGACCUGCGCUAAAAGUCUCCUGGGCGGUCAGAGUAGAUGCAAGCACUAGUAGUCUGACUGGAUUAUGGCUUGGAGUGUCACAAAGAGAUCCUCUUUGGUGUCAGUAUAGCCCUCCAUUCAACAGUUUUUCAAUAAUGGACGUGGACUUGCUGUGGUUCAGCUACACUGUCCAUGUUGAACCCGAUUCCUAUUACCACAUAAUAGCCCAUAAUUUGCCAGAACCACCAUUCGGAUCUAAUAUAAAAAUAAGAAAAUGGAAAGGAAUAUACACUCCAGCGUGUGACGUUGCCAUUAUGAAGAGUCAUCCCACAUGUGUGAAUAGAGGUAAGAGAACAUUUGACUUACAUAAAUUAACAGUUGAAAGUGACAAUUUCAUUUACUCGAAUAAAUAAUAAAAUAUGUGCGGUAAAUGCAGCUGGACAUUUUUGAAAAAAUGGCAAGAUUGUAAAGAUCAUACAAUUCAAUCAUUCCAGAACACUCCAGGCAGUCUGCACCAACUAGUGAGUCCAACUUCUCUUUCCAUGUCUUUUGACAACCACCCCCCCACCCCCCAAAGUCAAAUUGUUUAUUUGUGUGCUAAUUAUGAUGUUCUUCUUUCCCCUGUAAAAAACAAACAAAAAACAAAAACAGCUCUUAGCACACAGAGUGGUGUGUCUUAAUUUGCUUGUCAGUGUCUUCUGUUGUUUUCAGACUGUGUUGUUGACUUCAUGGUUCAUCUUCAUGUUAUCACACAGAACCAGAGUCUGAGGAU